CUUCUGGCAAUUUUCUGCCAACUUUUACAAUGUCCUUUCUAAUACGAGCACUGCGCAUCUUCAAAGACGCCGUUUUCACUCCCUCUCUCCCCCUCCGCACCCGCGCUCUCCUCCUCAUCCUCCAACCCAUCACUCUCCUCACAUACACCAUCGAAUGGGCCGUCUCGCGCAAAUUCCCCCAUUCCAGCGAGAUCCGCAUCCCAAUAAAAGGAACCCGAAAAUCAGGGCAUACCCUUCGAGCUGUAGUCUACACCCCCAAACCAAAUCCCAAGUCCCAGGUGCCUGUAUCUGCAUCUCCCCAACCCCAGAAAGUCCCACUACACCUCAACAUCCACGGCGGCGCAUUCCUCGGCGGCCUCCCCGAGGGAAACGCACGGUUCUGUCACCGGUUAGCCGAGAAAUCCGGCGCCGUGGUGGUCUCAACCUCGUACCGGUAUGCGCCGGCGCAUACCUUCCCUGCCUCGCAUGAGGAUGUGCGUGACGUUGCAGAGUACCUGCUGCAGAAUGCCGAGAGGCUAUGGGGUGCUGACCCGGCGGUGUUCACCGUCAGUGGGUUUUCGGUUGGUGGGAAUCUGGCAUUUUCUGUUGCGCAGGAGUUAUCGGGUUCUGGUGCGGUGAAGGGGUUGGUUAGUUUUGAGGGGGUGGUCGACUUCCGCCUCCCACCCUGGGACAAGCCCAAGCCGCCUGACUUCCCAGCGGUGGAUCCCCUUGCUAUCCUGCAGCCGCUGUUUGAUGCGUAUGCUGGACCGAACAGAGCGAGGGACAUGGGGAACCCGCUUCUACAUCCUACAUUGGCGGACCUCAGCGUGCUGCCGCAGAAUGUGCUCUUUGUUGUUGGGGGAGCGGAUAUCCUGCGGGAUGAGACGGUGAAGAUGGCGGAGAGGUUGGAGCAAGAGGCGGAGGCUAGUAACCGGGAGAGGAAGAUUGACACGCCAGAUGAGGCAGAUGGAACAGCCACUGUUGUACGAAUGAAUGUGGUGGAAGGGCAGAUUCAUGGGUGGACCGAGUUGCCGUCUUUUGCAAUUGACGAAGCUCUCCGGACGAAAGCAUUUGAUGAUGCGAUCUCAUUUCUACGUGCUGUCCAUCGCGCUUAUGGAUUCGUUGCGUGAGCUGGUCUGGUAACUUCGGAAUCUCCUUUCUUGUACUAUACUAUAUACCAAACAGUCCACUCCCAUCCAGACAGAUUAAGCCCAGAUAACCCUCUCUAAGAACUCAAACCCCCUUCUCGAAACCUCCCAAGCCCUACUCCCCACCUCCAUCCCCAUCGCAAACGUAUGGUCCUCCCCAGGAACCUCUACAAGCUC